UUAAGCUGGGGAUUCCUUUACUGCUGUGAAUAAAAUUCAGACCCUUGAGCAUCAUGAAGAACGCGUUUGGUGUGUCACAUGGAACCACGCGGGAACUAUUCUGGCGUCGUGUGGAGAAGACAAGUCCGUUUGCCUUUGGGUACUUGAAGGCUCCACUUGGAAAUUUGCCUGCUCGUCGACAGAAAGCCACACCCGAACUGUUCGUCAUGUUUCCUGGUCACCAAGCGACAACUAUCUGGCUACAGCAAGUUUUGAUUCUGCCGUUGUGAUAUGGCGUAUUGUCACGUCGGAGGGCGCGGUUGAUCUGCAGUCUAUCGCAAUUUUGGAAGGUCAUGCCAACGAGGUGAAGUGUGUCGCCUGGGCUGUUUCCGGCCAUCUGUUGGCCACGUGUGGACGUGAUAAGAGUGUCUGGAUUUGGGAAUUUGACGAUGAAGAGGACUUCCAGUGUGUCAGUGUUCUUCAGCCCCACAACGCCGACGUCAAAUCUGUUUUUUGGCACCCAAUAAAAGAGGUUCAACAAGCUAUGACAACACAAUCAAUCUGUAUAAAGAGGAGCUGGAUGAUUGGGCAGUUUCAUCCGAAAGACGUGUUCUCAAUUUUGCUGUUGUUGUAUCUAGCCGGCCACGAUUCCACUGUAUGGAAAGCCGAGUUCUCUCCAACAGGCGAGCUUCUUGCGUCAGUAAGCGAAGACAAAAGCGUCAAGCUCUGGCAUGAACUACCUAACAACGAUUCCCUCCAUUGGGUUUGUUUCAAGACACUCGCCGAUUGUCACGCUGCUCCAGUGUCACCUUGUGGUCAGUACUUGGCGACAUGUGGUGGAGACAAUUGUGUCUUCAUUUUCCGCGUUAAACUAGCCUCUGGUAAUUUCCUUGAUGCCCCAUCAACUGGCAACGUGGUUGUAUGGCAAAAUUUACCGAAAGCUCACGAUAGUGACGUGAAUUCGGUGACUUGGUUCCCGAAAGUAUGUAAUAAGAGUGAAACAAGUCACAAAGCUGCAUAUCUUCUGGCCACUGCUGGAGACGAUCGGCUAGUGAACUUGUGGACUGUCCCGCUUGAUCCAGAUUGCAUCGAUUGCUUUGUGCACUCACAAACUACUGUAGAUGAAUUUGACGUUGAUUGA